CUAUAAAAUGUCCACUUGGGCCAUCCGAAGUCAUUCCUCGUUGACUGCAGCCUCCACCUGUAUCUCUUGACCAUGUCUCUCAUCCAAGGCCGCUCAGGCACCAGAACCCGCAGCAUCUCCUCCGCCAGCACCAUGAGCAUGAGCGGGGGCCGACUGCAGCUCGGCGGGGGAGCCCAGUCAUCCAUCUCUGGCGGUUUCUACCAGGGCCGCUCGCCCAGCGUUUAUGGUGGCUCAGGGGGCUUUGGCACCCGCAUCUCCCAGGGCACCAUCAACCUCUCUUAUGGCAACUCGCUCGGUGUUGAUAUCAUGGGGGCUAAUGAGAAAAGCACCAUGCAGAACCUCAACGACCGCCUGGCCACCUAUCUGGAUAAGGUACGCUCUCUGGAGUCUGCCAACAGGAAGUUGGAUUUGCAAAUCAGAGAGUUCAAUGAGAAGAGGUCUUACAUUGCCAGGGACUUCGCCGCCUACUUUGUCACCAUCAAUGAACUGCGAGCUCAGAUUGCAAGGAGGUAUGCAGAGAAUCAGAGCAUCAUCCUGCAGAUUGACAAUGCACAACUGGCGGCGGACGACUUUAAAAUGAAAUAUGAGGUGGAGAUGAACACGCGUGCACUGGUGGAGUCUGAUUUGGCUCGUCUUCGAGGGGUCCGUGAGAGCAUGAUUCUUGCCAUUAGUGAUCUGAAAAUGCAGAUACAGAAUCUGAAGGAUGAACUGGCACAACUCAAGCGAAUCCAUGAGGAGGAGAUGAAUGCAGCAAGGUCACAAUGCACUGGUAACAUUGAUGUUGGAGUGGACAGCCCGUCGUCUGUGGACCUUUCCAAGAUCAUUCAAGAAGUGAGGGAGCAGUAUGAAGCUCUGGCACUGAAGAACAAACAGGAACUGGAAAGAUGGUACCAAGCGAAGAUGGAUUCCCUCCAGUCCGAAAUCAAAGUUUACAGCACAGAUGUAAAAACCUUUUCUUCCCAACUAUCUGAGCUGAAGCGGACAUACCAGAGUUUGGAGAUCACAUAUCAGGGCAUCCUUGCAGAGAUCGAAUGCCUCCGUCAGAACCUCGCCGAUACCAAGUCACGAUACAGCAAUCAGAUCAGCCAACUUCAGAUUACCAUCAACCGCCUGGAGGAAGAGCUGCAGCACCUCAAAGUGUCCAUUGAGGAACAGAAGACCGAGUACCAACUGCUGCUGGACCUCAAGAUGAGGCUGGAGAGGGAGAUCGCCGAGUACCGUCGUCUGCUGGAUGGAGAAUCAUAUGAGCAGAAAAAGCCUUUGGUCAUCAGCAAGGUGGUGCAGGUGGAAGCGGCGCAAGAAUCUCCAGCAGCAGUUUUAGCUCAGGGAGGUGGUGCAGGUUACGCUGGUGGUGCAGGUUACGGCUUCAGCAUGGGAGGUGGCGCAGGCUUCGGCAUGGGCGACGGCAUGGAUCUGCAUGUCAGCGCCAACGAGAAGGCCACUAUGCAGAACCUGAACGACCGCCUGGCCUCUUACCUUGACAAGGUUCGCAGCCUUGAGAAGGCCAAUGCCGAGCUGGAGCUGAAGAUCCGUCAGUUCUUGGAUAGCAAGGCCUCCCCCACUGCCCGCGACUACAGUGCUUAUCAGAUCACCAUCAGCGACUUACAGGGAAAGAUCCAGGAUGCCACACGCAUCAAUGGAGGCAUCUACCUGGCCAUUGACAAUGCAAAACUGGCAGCAGAUGAUUUCAAAACUAAGUAUGACAAUGAGCUGGCUAUGCGUCUGUCAGUGGAGUCGGACAUUGCCGGUCUGAAGAGAAUGUUGGAUGAGCUGACACUGGUCCGCUCAGACCUGGAGAUGCAGAUCGAAGGCCUCAAGGAUGAGCUUGUCCACCUCAAACGUAACCACGAGGAAGAAAUGGCAGCCAUGAGGCUACAGAUGACUGGACAGAUCAACGUAGAGGUAGACGCCAAACCACAGGCCGACCUGAGCAGAGUCAUUGCUGAGAUCAGAGAGCAGUACGAAAGCAUGGCCGCAAAGAACAAGAGAGAUGUGGAAGCCUGGUUCCAGAGCAAGAGCGAGGCAUUGAACAAGGAAAUGGCUGUCAGCACAGAAACUCUCCAAACCUCCAGAUCGGAGAUCUCAGAGAUCCGUCGCACCCUGCAGGCCUUGGAAAUCGAACUACAGUCUCAACUUAGCAUGAAAGGAUCCCUGGAAAACACGUUAGCCGAAACCGAAACCCGAUAUGCCAUGAUUCUCCAAGGACUCCAGUCACAGGUCACAUGUCUUGAAGAACAACUGAUGCAACUGCGUGCCGAGAUAGAAAACCAGAGCAGAGAAUACAACAUGCUCCUUGAUAUUAAGACCAGACUUGAGAAGGAAAUUGCAGAGUACAGGAGACUUAUGGAUGGCGAGGGCAGCAUCGGUACGAACAAAAACACCACCACCAAGAUAGUCAUGGUCACAGAGGAGCUGGUGGAUGGCAGGGUGGUCUCCUCUACAACCACCUCCGCCUAAGAUGCCUUACCCAGCAAACAGCAGCCGAAAGGGGUGUGACGCCUAAAGAUUACUCUGUCAUUGCAAACCAACAAAAUGAUUGGAUAAAAGGCUCCCUUGUCUGCCGACUUAC